AUGUUGUUGCCGUUGCCCCCUGGCAAGCGGAGGACAGAGCAUAGCUGGCUGUUCCCGCUUCAGAGAAGGCCUUGGAGACUUGUGCUGAGAGCUGCCUCCUUGGUUCUGCCUUUUCUCUCGCAGGCACCUGCAGAGCCUCUCCCUGCUAUGGUCAAUAGAGAAAGGAGCCUGGUUUGGGGACCUGACUUGCGAGCCAAGCUCACCCUGCCCGGGAGGCAUUUCUUCAUCCGAGCCGUUGGGCCCAACAGGCGUCCUGUUUAUCAUGAAUGUUGUAACUGCUCAGAAGAAGAUGCUGAGGCUUGAGAGAAAAGUCUUUUGUGUCCUCAGGAACCUCAGGUUAUGAAGGACUUCAUUGCAUUUCUAAGUAUUCAUCUCCAGCAGAUGUUUAAGGAAGUUCCUCCAAGGUUUGGCCAAAGAACGGGAGCCAUUGUUCAUUACAGUGUCCUUGCUCUGGGGGCUGCCAAAGUUACUGAAGCCUUGAAACUGCUGAGCGUAGUUGGAAAAAAAUAUGCCAAACACCAAGCCAACAAACCUGAAAUUCAGGACGGAAUGGAAUUUGCGCCUCAUCCAGAUGACAGGACUUCAAUCUGCGACUGCUACGGGAGAAAACCUUCAAGGGACGAGCUAUAA